GGCAAAAAAUAGUGAGUACUGAGUAGAGACUAGAGAGUAGAGAGAGAGAGAGAGAGAGAGCUCGGUGGCGCUAGGGCACAUAGUUGCAGGCAGAGAGAGAGAGAGAGAAAUGGAGGGCGGAGACGAAGGAGUGGAGAUGGUAGCGGAGACGAAGGAUCUUCAGCAGCAGACUAAGGCCUUCGACAAGCUCACCGACCGCGUCGAAGAUCGCCAGCUCGAUUCCACUCGCGUCCAAGAGGCCAUGGCCUCCAUUGCUGCCUCUGCUCAAGCUGACUGGAACGCCAUGCGUUUAAGGAAGUUCGUAUGUUGCAGAUUUAUCGAUAAGCUAACAGGGUGGCAAAAUGACUUGCAAAUAAGGGACAUUUUGAAGAAUUGGGGCUUCAUGUCUACUUUAGUGCUCCUAGAGGGAUUAUUUAUUUGCUUAGUGAUGAUUUGAGAGGUUCCUUUUCUGUUCCUCAUAAUGUAGUUUUCUUUUCCCUAGACACUAGUUCCAUUUUUCCACACACAAAAAAAAAAUAAUAAUAACAAACAAGUGUUGCUGGCCUGAAUAUUUACUGUAACAGUGUGGAAGUAUUGGAGGAGUCUUUGUUUGUAUUGACAUAAUUCGUUAAUGCAACGAUUAUAGAUACUCGUCUCCACUUGCCACUUGCCACCCCGUAUAAGUUCUCCUCCACCUUCACGCAAUUUUGUUUCGGUCUAUCUUUCUCUUGUUCUACAAAUAUACAUGAAUUCGAAAUUCAAGCUGUAUUACUGAUAGAACCAUAAAUUGAAGCAGUUUUUUAGUCAGAAAGUUAGAAUAUAAACUUGAAUGGAAUAAAACCGUAAAUAACAUUCCACCUUAUCUCAUUUGAAAUAAGGAGUUCCUUUCCUUGUAUCUCUCUAACCCCUGAUUAUGCACUCUGU